UAAGAUGGCCGCCACGUGCCUACGUCGCAUCCCAUUGGUGAACAGCGGGGGCGAGACAUCUAGUGUUUAUAUAUGCAUAUCUAUGGCAAAUGAGACGUCUAUGUGCGUACGUCUAUGUGGUUUUACUUUGAAAGCUCAGCCCGGAAGUAGACCGACGGGUUGAUCGACUGGGGUGUUUGUUUACGUCACCAAAAGUCACCGUAAACCGGGCCGAACGGGUCCGGGUCGGAGUGUGAAGAUGGAAACGUUCAGCAGACUGAGCAGCUUGCUGCUGCAGGCGCUGGAGACGAGAGAACCCACAGUAGACCUGCUGGACUCCUUCAUUGAUCACUGGAGAUCGGUCACUACCUGCUACAUCCAGACCUCAGAUGACAGCUGUCCCGUCAGCCAGACUGAUAUCCCGUGGCGUCUCAGACAGAUGUUGGACAUCCUGGUUUACGAGGAGACACAACUGGCUGUGGAGGACACGGGACCCUGUCUAGAGUACCUGCUGGAACACAAGCUGCUGGAAACUCUGUGCAUGCUGGGAAAAGCUCAGUAUCCUCCUGGGAUGUUCCAGCAGGUUCUGCUCUUUUUCAACAAGCUGUUGACUCGCAUGCAGAAACCUCUCCUGGAGCUCAUCAGAGUCUACAGACCUGUUCAGAGGCUGAUUAACCUCUGUGCACUUCCUGGUUGUCAUGUUGAGAAGGAGGAAGUUCAGUUCCUAUUGGCUGUCUGUUCCAGGGUCAAACAGGAUCCACACACCCUCAGAUGUGUCCUGGAGCUCCUAGAACAACCUCCAGGUCUCAACCAAUCACAGCACAGCACACAAGCCUCCAACCAAUGCACAGAUCCAGCCUGUAGUCAUUCACAGACCUCUGCAUCCUGCCCUGUCCAAUCAGAGUCCUCUGCAACCAGCCCUGUCCAAUCAGAGUCCUCUGCAACCAGCCCUGGCCAAUCAGAGUCCUCUGCAACCAGCCUUGUCCAAUCAGAGUCCUCUGCAACCAGCCCUGGCCAAUCAGAGUCCUCUGCAACCAGCCCUGGCCAAUCAGAGUCCUCUGCAACCAGCCCUGGCCAAUCAGAGUCCUCUGCAACCAGCCUUGUCCAAUCAGAGUCCUCUGCAACCAGCCCUGGCCAAUCAGAGUCCUCUGCAACCAGCCCUGGCCAAUCAGAGUCCUCUGCAACCAGCCUUGUCCAAUCAGAGUCCUCUGCAACCAGCCCUGGCCAAUCAGAGUCCUCUGCAACCAGCCCUGGCCAAUCAGAGUCCUCUGCAACCAGCCCUGGCCAAUCAGAGUCCCGUGUCUCUGGCGCUGUCCAGACAAACAGGGGGCUAUUGUGGGCUCUGCUGCAGCUCACAAAGAGUCAGAGAGCGUCUGUUCGUCAGAAGGCAUCUGAGGGCCUCCUCCUGCUAGCAGGGCUUCUGGAUGGAUCCUCGGGUGAGCUGCUACCUGCUGCAGUCUCUCUAGCGGAGCUGCUGGCUGAGAGGCUGCAGGAGCUGCAUCGCCUGCUGCCUCUGGACCAACUGGAUGCUACUGAGCUGCAACGGUGGCCUUGCACUAGCUGGAGGUCAGAAGUAGAGCCUGGUCACAUGACGAGUUUCUUCACCUGGUUUGACUUCCUGGAUCACCUGAUGUGUGAGGCUCCACAGGUGUUGUCUGUGCAGGUGUCUCAGAGUGUCCACCGGCGGUGGCUCGUGGACACUCUUCAUCCUCAACUGUCGCACACAUGUGAGAAAGUGGUGCUCGUCUCCACAUCGAUGCUCUGUGCUACCAUCAGACUCGUCCAGUCUUCCUUCUUAUUGGACCAGAUGGUCCACUUCCUGUUGAGGACACCGUCUUUGAUGCGGCUGCUUCUGCGACACUGCAACCACAUCUCUGACCAAAUCAGCAUGGCGUCGAUGAGUCUGGUGGACGAGAUGCUACAGAAGCCUCAUAGGGACAUUUUGGACAUUCUAGUGUUGAGUUUCCUCCAGAGUCGCUGUUACGUGUCCGCAGCUGCAGACGGACAAGAGGACAAACAGCUGGAGACGAAUGAGGACAGCCAAGACCUGGAUGAUGACCCCUUCUUCUCCGAUGGGCUCUCAGACGGACCUCCUGCUCAGCCCAUCAAUGAAGACGUGGUGAACAGUUUCUUGUGUUUGGUUCCGAUUCAGGCCCGGUCGGCUCACCUGCUGCAGGAAGGAGGCUAUGAGUCAUACGUACAUGAUGCUCACACCCUGGUGACCAUGUGCCACGCCCUCUCUCUGUCCUGGGAGUGGCCACAGACUCUGCCGUGCCCCACCUGUCUCUCAGAGCAAGACGCAGACUUCUUUGAAGGUGACUUGCUGAAAGUUCUCUUUGACCGACUGGGUUGCAUCCUGGAGCAACCUUACGAGCUGAGUCUGAAGCUGACGUCGGUUCUGUCCAGACUCUCAGCCUUCAGUCACCCGCUGCUGGACGAGUACCUGCUCGACCCCUACGUCCACCUGUCUCCAGGCUGCAGGUCGCUCUUCUCCGUCCUCAUCAGGGUGAUGGCAGAAGUGAUGCAGAGGAUCCAGCAAGUGUCUGACCUGUCCGAGCAGUUGUUGGAUACCAGGAGACACCUGCUGGGACUGAGCCAGCAUACUGGAUCGGAACACCUGACACUUCUCAAGGGGAUCAUCGUCCUUGAGGAGUUCUGUAAGGAACUUGCUGCAAUCGCCUUUGUCAAGAAGCCUCUGAAUCGAGACUGACUCGCCUGGAGCAGGAAUCACCUGGACGUGUACCUCUGUGGGGAUAUCACCAGGUGCAUCUCGCCUGAGGACCAGCAGCACGUGCACCUGAGGAACGCCUGGUUGAACCAAGAGACCAGUGUCUCACCUGAGUUUGGAUAGGAGCCGACAGAAGUGGCAUCUUGUCUUUGGGAGGCGAUGAACCACGUGAUCACCUUUUGUCACUAUUUAAGCCACGCCCACUUUCUGUGCAGCUCGCUAAAUGCCUCCUACCUGUAGUAAGGAUUUAUUACCUGUCAGCCAGUCACGUGACACAAAGGAACCCGACGAGGACAAUAAAACUGAACAGGUCUCCGGAAUCAAAGAUCCAGACCAGGACCUGAGAGCUGCACCUGAUCCAGGUGCAGCACCACCAGAUUUACUGUUUUAUUUCCUUAAAUGUGUUUUAUGUUAAAGACGGAAUCCUCAAA